CACCUCUGUUUUCCCUUUAACAACAUGGCACCAAAGAAGAUCGAACCAAAGAAACCCGAGCCCAAAAAGCCAGAGCCGAAGAAAGACGCGGCUCCAGCAGCGAAGCCCGUUCCAGCCCCGGAGCCGCUUCCUGAGCCACCGAAGGAGCCAGACUUUGACCCCAAAAGCAUCACGGUUGAGUUCUCCUCCGACCAGAUCGAGGAGUUCAAGGAGGCCUUCACCUUGUUCGACCGCACGCCGAAAGGAGAGAUGAAGAUCACGUACGCCCAGUGUGGAGACGUGAUGCGCGCUCUGGGCCAGAACCCCACCAACGCAGAUGUGCUCAAAGUGCUCGGGAAACCGCGUCCAGAGGAUAUGAGCACCAAAAUGGUGGACUUUGAGACCUUCCUGCCGAUGCUGCAGCACAUCUCUCGUGCUAAAGAUCAAGGCAACUUUGAGGAUUUUGUGGAGGGGCUCAGGGUUUUUGACAAGGAAGGGAACGGCACCAUCAUGGGGGCUGAGUUGCGCCACGUCCUGGCGACACUGGGCGAGAGGAUGACGGAAGACGAAGUGGACAGACUCAUGGCCGGACAGGAGGACGCCAAUGGCUGUAUCAACUACGCCUCCUUUGUAAAGCAUAUCCUCUCCGGCUAAAAAAGGACAAUCAACCUGAAAGACUUAACCCUUCAUAUCUUAAUCUUGGGAUCCUGACUUAACAUUUUUGUCCAGUUA